ACAAAUGACAAUGAUGACGAAAUGGGCCUGGUCAUCGCCGCAAUCUCGCCUCGUCGCUGUCGCAUCGCCGCCGGACUAAGCGUCGCAUCGCCGCAAUCAUCCUCUGUCCUUCGCCGCCGCGUCCCUCCGCCAUCCUUUGUCCUUCGUCGUCGCGUCUCUCUGCCAUCUCUCUCAGUUCGUUUGUCUCUCCAUCGUGUUCCUUCGUCGAGUUCGCCUCUCCGUCUCUAUCAGUUCGUCUUGCAUCUCUCUUCUCUUUUGUUAGGGCUAAACACAGAUGAUAGUGAUAGAGAAAGAGAAGAAAGUGAAAAGGGGGAGGGGGUCUCAAAUUUUGAAGAAAACAAAAAAAACUAAUCAAAAUGAUCUCGUUUUGGCUAACGCUGCAGAAAGGGCCGCAGGAAAUGACGGCCGAGGAUCCUGACUCUUUUGAUUGAUCCGACCCGUUUACAAAGAAAGAUAGUAAUCUACUACGAGAUUAUCCAUUCCCGCCACUGCCAUACAGGAAUGGCUCUUUCGUUCCUCUCAGUCUCAGGUCGGCCAUCGGCCUCUCUCAUCAGCUGCCUCGCCGCCCCUCCAGCUCCGCCGCCACCAAACCCUAACCCAACUGCCUUACCCUCCUUAACCUGCGCCCUUCAGUGCCCUCACUUCCAAUCGUGUUCUGGUUGCACUCAAGAGUACGAUCUCCACCGUCCGAUCAUCCUCGACGAGGCCACCGACUUCUUCAACAAACAUGGCGUAUCUGACUUCACCUUCGAUACUUGUAGACUCUGGGGAUGGAGGUGCCGCGCAAAACUCGCAGUUCGGGGCUCAUACACCGACCCUCUCAUUGGGCUCUAUCAAGAGGGUACUCAUAAUGUAGUUGAUAUUCCUGAUUGUAAAGCUCACCAUCCAAACAUUAAUGCUGCUGUUGAACUCCUAAAGCAAGGUAUUGCCGAGUUAAAAGUAGAACCAUAUGAUGAAGACCAGGGGACAGGUGAAUUGCGUUAUGUUCAGAUGGCUGUGACCACAUACAACACAUCCCUUCCUUAUGCUGAAAGAUAUAGAAAUGGAAAAGUACAGGUUGCCUUGGUUUGGAAUUCUAGAGAUGAGAACUCCCCUUCCUCGAAAAAGUUAAAUGCUUUGGCCAAUUUCUUAUGGAGAUAUGGUGGGGCAAACAGGAAAGUCCAUUUAAUUCAUUCUGUUUGGGCAAACUUCCAGACUUCAAGUAACAAUAUAAUAUUUGGGAAUAGGUGGAGGCAUCUUUUAGGGGAAAGAGACUUUUGGGAGCGUGUUGGAGGAAUCGAUGUUUCUUUGGCUCCAUCCAGCUUUGGCCAAGCAAAUACAAGGGCUUUUGAUUCUUUACUGCAAAAGUUACAGAAGUAUGUCCACUUUGGUGCAUCAGUUGCUGAUCUCUAUGCAGGAGCUGGUGUCAUUGGAUUAUCUUUAGCUGCCACAAGAAAAUGCAGAGCAGUUAAAUGCAUUGAGAUUAACAAAGAGUCAAAGCUCUCAUUUGAGAAGACAGCUGAGCACUUACCGAACUCUGUAGACAGCAGUAUCAGCUGGCACAAUGCUGACACUUCAAUUGACCCUCUUUCUUGGCUGGUGGGAUCAGAUGUUGUUGUGGUUGAUCCUCCUAGGAAAGGGCUGGACCCUUCCCUGCUUAAUGCAUUGCGAACUAUACCAUCAGUGGAGAGAAAAUUCAAGCCAUCUGAAAGCCCUUUGUUAAAGGCCAAAGAUGAAAAGAGACCAUGGGUUCUACGUGCCAAAAAAGUUUCGGUCCAGAUACAGAGCAAAACUACUCAGGAGGAAAGUCAAUCACUGCCUCAAACUCUUAUUUAUAUAAGCUGUGGAUGGGAAAGUUUCAAAGAGGAUUGCAUGUCAUUGCUGUCUAGUAAGGCAUGGCAUUUGGACAAAGCCCAUGGUUUUAAUUUCUUCCCUGGCACCCAGAGAGCCACGUUACAGAUGUUAGCAUACCUUUCGCAGAAAGCAUCGCAGCCCCUUUCUCUCUCUUCGCAAGGCCUUCGCCGGGGGUUCUCUGUUCUUGUCGUCGCACUUCGAAGCUCGACCCCUCGACUGGUACCUCUGGUUCGAUCGAUUCUGUGUGACUCUGCUUGGUAAUCUGUCUCUUCCUCUGGUUCACACGAUCAAAGCAAAGUCUGAUCUUGUGCUAGACUUCGCUCCAGACCUGGUAUUUGAAAUCGACUUCGCUUUAGACUUGGGUUUAGGUUCAGUUUCUCUCUCUCUCUCUCUCUCUCUUUGCAUUGCCUUGGUUCUCUCGCUGAUUGCUAUUUGAGGAUGAUUGGGUCACAAUGGUUAUUAUAAGUUUGGCCUCACUGAUUAUUUAAUUAUAGCAAUAGUAACUCUGGAUACUUAAUUGUGGCUCUGCUUUGACUAUACUGUGUUGCCUAAUUAUAGUAUCAUGGCUGAUGAUAAAUUGCAAGCUAUUACUACUAAAUUAGAUGGUACCAAUUAUUCUUAUUGGUCUCAUGUAAUGAAAAAUUUUAUAAUAGGUAAAGGCAUGUGGAACUAUAUUAUUGGUAUGACUAUUAGACCUAUGGAAUCUCAAGAAACUGAGGCCGAUGUUGCUAAAUGGGAUAAGGAAAAUGCACAAAUUCUUACUUGGUUUCAUAAUUCAGUUCAAACUACCAUUGGUAUGAAUUUUUUCAAAUAUUCUACUUCUAAACGAGUUUGGGACUAUUUGAAGACUAUGUACCUUGAGUCUAACUUUGCAAAACAGUAUGAACUUGAGAUGUCUAUUCGCAGUGCUAGUCAGAAAGAUAAAUCCAUUAAGGAGUUCUACAAUGAGAUGACUACUUAUUGGGAUCAGCUUGCUUUGAUGAAACCGUCCGAUUUGCAGUUACUUGACAGCUAUAUCAAGUAUCGGGAGAAACAACAUCUUGUUCAAUUUCUUAUGGCCCUUCCUGAUCAUUUUGAGCCACUUCGGGGAGCUAUUCUUCAUCGGUCUCCCUUGCCUUCUGCGGAUGGUGCUGUCCGUGAGCUUAUUGUGGAAGAAACUCGGUUUAAGGUGGCUCAUGGUACUCCUGCUUCCCAGUCAGUUUUUGCCACUCCUCCGCUCUUGCCCACCCCAUCUUCUCAUUUAUUUCAAAUUACUGGUAAGCCCUAGCCUCGAGUUUCCAUGGAUGAGUGUAGCUUCUGUCAUCAGAAAGGCCAUUGGAAACAUGCAUGUCCUAAACUUUUGCAGCCCAAGGGUCGUUCAUCUGGUUCACCAUUCGCUGAGCCGACAUUUUUAGGAUCUCGCUCAUUUGCCACAUUUUCUGCACCAGUUUCUGAGAAUGAUCCAUCUUCCAAUAUGCAGUCUAUGUUUGAGCAGUUCAAGUCUUUCAUGGUGGCCAAUCCAAAUCUUUCGUCCCAAGCCUCCGCUAUGACUACCACUCAGUUCGGUUUGUCUGGUUCAUCCUCUUCAGGACCGGGUAUCCAAGAGGCAAAUUGGGAUCGGGCGUAGAGUUGGAGAACUAUAUAUCUUGGACAACUUGCAUGUUCCGCUCGAAGUGUCUUCUCCUGCAUUGUCUUCUUUUUGUUUAAACAAUAAGUCUUCUUUGUUUUAUAUUUGGCAUUCUAGGUUAGGUCAUCUGUCGAGUGAUCGGUUGAGGAUGUUAGUUAGGUCUGGACAUUUAGGCAAUUUUUCCAUUAGUGAUAUUUCUGAGUGUCGUGUUGUAAACUGGUUAAAAUGUCUGCUCUUCCUUUUAAUAAAAGUAGUUCUAU